UAGAGAUAGUAGUAGUAACAUGAUGAAUUAUUAUUGUCCCUAGACGUAGCUGUUACGUUCCUAAUUCUCAUAUUCACAUUUCCACAAACACAAAACCUUCACUCUCAAGCCACCAUUCUUCUUUUCAAUCACACAAUCUCAAUCCUAAAACCAAACUAAGAUACCAUUUUCCUGUUUCAUUCACCAUUUUGCAACACAUCACCGUUUUCUUUUCUCUAAAAAUGCCUGCAAAUUUCAACUGUCUUGUUGACAUGACUUACCCUCAUUGGUAUUCAUCAAAAACUGGUAUUUACAAUAGUAUUCACUCUCCUAUAAACCUUCCAGCUGACCCUUUUGUUGACAUUGUUUCAUUCAUUUUUUCUCAUUCUCAUGAUGGGGUUUUGGCCCUUAUUGAUUCCUCAUCUGGGUCUUCUGUUUCUUAUUCAAAGUUGUUACCUUUAGUUAAAACUAUGGCUUCUGGUUUAAGCAAAAUGGGUGUUAAACAAGGUGAUGUUGUUUUGCUUUUACUUCCAAAUUCAAUUUACUAUCCUGUUAUACUAUUGGCUGUUCUUUAUUUAGGUGCUGUUUUUACACCAUUGAAUCCUCUUAGUAGUGUUUCUGAAAUUCACAAGCAGGUUAAUGAGUGUGGUGUUAGUUUUGUUUUUACUGUUCCUGAAAAUAUCAAAAAACUAGAGCUAUUAGCUUUUCCCGUUAUUGCUGUACCAGAAAAUGACAAGGAUGUGAAGAAUGAUUGUUUCUCUAGUUUUUUUAGUCUUAUUUAUGGUAACUUUGAUUUGACUCAAAGGCCAAUUAUUAAGCAAGAAGAUACUGCUGGUGUAUUGUAUUCUUCUGGGACCACAGGUGUGAGCAAAGGAGUUGUUUUAACUCAUAGAAAUCUAAUUUCUAUGGUUGAGCAUUUUGUGAGAUUUGAAGCUUCUCAAUAUGAAUCCUCUAGUUCCAAGAAUGUGUAUCUAGCUGUUUUGCCAAUGUUCCAUAUAUAUGGUUUAUCGCUGUUUGCUGUUGGAUUGUUGUCGUUGGGUUCUACAAUUGUUGUAAUGAGGAAAUUUGAUAUUGACGAGGUUAUUAGACUGAUUGACAAGUAUAAUGUUACACACUAUCCUGUUGUUCCACCGAUGUUGUCCGCGUUGACAAUGAAAGCAAAGGGUGUUAAUGGAAGUAAGUUGCAGAGUUUGAGACAGGUUUCCUGUGGUGCAGCGCCUUUGAGCACAGAAGUUAGUAGUGGUUUUGUCCGUGCUUUCCCUAACAUUGAUUUAAUACAGGGGUAUGGAAUGACCGAGUCGACCGCAGUAGGAACACGUGGCUUCAAUACUGAAAAAUCUCACGAGUAUUCUUCAAUAGGGUUGUUAGCUCCAAACAUGGAGGCAAAAGUUGUAGACUGGAAUAAUGGUGCCUUAUUGCCCCCAGGCAGCAGCGGCGAGCUUUGGUUGAGAGGGCCUUCGAUUAUGAGAGGAUACUUGAACAACAAGGAAGCUACAAUGUCAACAAUUGAUAAAGAUGGUUGGCUACGUACCGGAGAUAUUGUUUAUUUUGAUCAGGAUGGAUAUUUACAUUUGUCUGACCGCUUGAAAGACAUUAUCAAAUACAAAGGGUUUCAGAUCGCUCCGGCGGACUUAGAAACAGUGUUACUUUCGCAUCCUGAAAUAGUUGAUGUUGCUGUUACUGCUGCCAAAGAUGAAGAAGCUGGGGAGAUUCCAGUAGCAUUUGUGGUCAAGAAGGUCGGAAGUGUACUUUCACCAAAGCAUGUUAUCGAUUACGUCGCCGAGCAGGUUUCUCCAUACAAGAAGGUUCGGAAAGUGUUCUUCACCGACAAGAUACCUAGGUCUCCGACUGGAAAGAUCCUUCGAAAAGAUCUCAGGCAUUGGUCGACUUCUAAACUUUAAGGGAAUGAAAAACAUUUUUGUCUUAAUAUUAAGUUACCAAAAAACUCUAGUCUGCACAUUUUUUAUUAACUUAUGAAUAACCCAGAAACUAGAAGUCCAAAAAACACUUAUAGUAAGCGAUCCUUCUAAGCACAAGCUUGCCUCCACAUAGGACAGGUAAUUGACCUUUCAAGUAAUAUAUGUCGCCAUUGUUUAAGAAGCAUUCUAAUGUAAUCAAAAGGACAUACUAUAAUGGAUUAAUUCUAUAUCAGCACAUGUAUGUGUCAACCAGAAGCAGUCAUUUGUUAACAAAUUUUGAGAAGAAUUUGGUUAUGUGAUUGAAAUUUUGAGAAGAAUUUGGAUA